UUUGUCUGCAAAAGUGAGAGACGCACAUGGAAACGAGGAUGACUCGAGUGAUCGCACUAGGCCAGGUUCGCUGAUAAGGAAUAAUCUAUGUCGCUUCGCGAUGAACCAGAUGGAACACCGGUUGAUAAAUCAAGGCGAACUGCAGUGGUUCAACAGUGAUGGGACCACGGAUACGUCGCCGAUUACGAUUGCUGAUAAGCCAUACCGCCUUCGGAGUUACGACGAUAAUGCCGGAGCUUUCGACCCGAAAUACACGAAGGCGAUGCACUGCGUUCCGUACCGGUGCGACUCCGAGCCGGAGCUGGAACUGGAGCUGGACGUGUCCUCGCUGAAGUUCCAGCAUCACCCGUUGUUCAGCUCGGAGCAUGUGCUGGCCGCACAGCUGACCAGUCUGUACGACGCGUACGCCACGCUUGCGCUUUCCGGAGACCAGUCGCCUCCAUCCUGUAAAGAGAAGAUGAAUUCACUCAGGGAGGACUUGGACAAGCUCAACGAGGAGGCCAGCGAGCGUGAAUUUUCUCAAAUAAGGCGUAAAAUUAUGGACGUUAUAGAACAGCGGCAGAAAGCGGACGCUCAGACGGACACCUUGAAAGCAGUCGUGGAGAAAAUGAAACGCGUCUGGGAGGACGUGGAGCAGUUGAGGAGGACGCAGGGAUACACCAGCACCGCUCUGACCCUCAAGUUCCGCAGAAGGUAUAAAGCGACGGAGAGUGAAGGGGCGGCGGAAGAUAUACCUCCUCAGGAUGCCCCAGUCGAAGAGGGACUGUUUUCCGAAGAAGUCGAACUAAGGAGGUUGCUCCAACAGGUUGAAUGGAUGGAAUACGAAAGGAAACUGCACCUCUGGCACCAACACAAGCGGCUCAAGCAGGGGGAAGGCGUUGAUGGCGAGGAAGCGGAAAUGAACAAGCCGGAACCUCCGGCGGACAUCGUCGAAUCGGAAAUCGCCGAUCUCGUUCGUCGAAGGAUCGAAAAACAGAGAGAGGCGACAGAGUGCGUAUUCUACCUGACCCGAGGAAAAACCACACCGGCUCACCAGUGCCCCAGCGAGGAGCAACAGAGAAGACAAGACGUUGCGAAAACAAGCGUUCAUCUCAGAAUAAUGUUCAACGAGAAGGAGGUCUGCAAGACAGACACGAGACCACUCGGCGAAGAGUUCAUGGUGGUUUGGGGUCAGAUAUUUGCUCUGCGAAUCCUUCAGUUCCCGAGGACAAUCAGCCUUGAGGUGUACGAGACGAGGGGAGUGCUGUCCCAGAAGCUGGCCGACGUGCUCGUGCCGGUCCCGGAAGCCGAACAGACCACGUCGAACACGCACCUCGCGGCAAUCCACUUUGCCAGCGAGAAGACCGUAUCCACGUCGCACGCUGGGGUCGGCUGUGGUAUGCAUGAUAUGACCUUACACUUGGCCACACUCACUCACUCGCUUGCUCGCUCUCGUGCUCUUGUCUCACCAAGGCAAUAUUACGCUCCAACGAGUCGAACAUUCCAGAUGCUCCCACCGAAAGACAAAGGCAGCGGCGGUGGUCUGGAGUUCUGCGACAAGGCCGAACUGGAGAGGAACCCGCGGUUCUCGCUGCUCCUGCUUCGAAACUCGGGCGUCGCGGAAUUCCGAGACUUCGCCAUGGUGCCCCUUAUGACGAACGAGUACACCGUCCCGCUCAUGGAGAAAAUCUACGCGAAGGAAGCCCGCACGGAAAGCCUCCCAGGCCACCACGAUCCAAUCGAAGCUCGGCAGGCGAGGAUGUCGCACGCCAUCAAGGAGAUGCGGGAGCAGGUCUUGAGACAAGUGUACGAGUCUCAGACGCACAAGGUCUUGGAAGACGUUGUGAUCGAAGAGAAAAUGCCGUUCAUUGGUUCCCUGGGCUUCGGCCUUCUGAAGCUGGCCAAGCGGCGCCGUCCCCUGCGUCCAAGUCGCCGAGAGCGCCGUCGUGUGACGGGUCAGAGCGCGGCGGCCGCCGAUGCCGAGAUCCUGGUCACCGUGCUCAGGGCGUCCAACGUUCCCGUGCGAAGGGACACCGAAGUCUCCGCCACGCACAGGGCGCCGAGGACGACCUCAGGUGAGGCCGACAUCGUUCACUGCGCAGUCUAUUCUGGCUUGCUGGACGACGUAGUGGAGUACCAGGUGCGCCCUUUCGUCGAGAUCAUGUUCCAGCAACGCACGGCGCGAACAUUCGUCGCCGACGGACCACACCCCACGUGGAACCAGGAACUGCGGCUGCCCAUCACUCCCGAGCAAUGUGUGGUGAAAGAUGUCAUCUACCUGAACUUGUUCGACGAAGUGGUGCUCGACCUGUUGGAGGACGACCGCGAGCGCCACAGCACCGUGCACCAGCGGCUGGAGAGACGCUGGCUCGGCAGCCUGAAGAUUCCCUUCUCCACGCUCUACAUCAACGCCAAGAUCGAAGGGACGUUCCGCAUCGACGUUCCCGUCGUGCUCCUGGGCUACGCGCACGAGGUCAAGCCUUGGUCACCGGCACAGGACGCGCCUGCGUCGAGCACCUACGUGUCAUUCUACAUGACGGUGGAGCCGGGGCUACAGUCGCCCGAGGUGCUCAGAGCACGGUGCGACAGCAACGAGCCUCCUCAGCUGGUGCAGCAAGCCGAGGAGUGGCAGAGCUCGUUGGAGUCCCGCUACCCUCGGCGCUUCGUCAAGGCGCUCGCUAUGGACGCCUCGGGCAAGUGGGUGUUCGUGCCUCGCUUCCUGCGGCCCCUGGCACCGCCCCAGCAGCUCCUGGACUCGGCCAGGCGUCCCAGCCUCGUCGAGGACGUCUCGUCUACGGCCAAGGAGAUCACGGCGAUGGCUGCUCGCUUUGUGUCCCUGAUACCGACGCUGUCAGACAGCGUACUGUUUCCAGGCCUUUGUGACAUCUGGAGCACUUGUGACCAAUUCCUGCGCGUACUGACGGGCGACGAAGAGGAGCACGCCCUGUUGCUCUGCAACUACUUCCUGCACCUGGGAACCGAGGCGUACCUGCUGCUGGGCAGCGGCAUACCCGAGGGCCAGACCGCGUACGUGCUCACCCGAAACUCCGGAAGGAGCCGCGACGGUGACGUGCGCAUCUGGAACGCCGUGACGGGACGCUCGUACAGCGUCACCGACAGCUACGGGCCGCUGCAGACCGUCGGCUGCCUCGUUGGCGUCGACAACAUCUGGGCCAACGUACAGAAGCACGAGCAUCCUUCGAGGCUGUCUUACAACUUGAGCAAGUCGAGUCACUGGAAGCCAUUCUUCGCCAAGGGAAAAGCACCCCCAUCCCUCGAUUCCGUUCAGCCGAGCGAGCUGUCGUACGAGCCGACGGACCCUUUGUACGUGUCCCGGCUGCAGCAGAAGAUCGAGUACGCGCUGAAGGAGAGCGUCAUGAAAUGGCGCAAGCGGUUCCGCACCUCGUGGAACCGCUAUGCGAGCCAGGUGCUCCGCAAGAUACUGCCCAGGCUCGAGUCAAUGGCGUCCGCAUCAACUAUCACCGAUGACAUCCAAGAACUCUCUGAGAUACUUACUUCUUACAAGAUGAGUGGCUUUCCACUAUCUAUGAGCUUCACGGAUGUGGAAACGGUCAUAGAGACGGUGCUGUCCACCGGAGUUCACCUGACCGAGUCCAGGAACGUGGAGUUCGCCUUGGCAGUCCACAUCCACCCUUACCCUUCCGGAGUGCUCGCAGUGUGGGUUUACAUUGCGGCACUGACGAGGAAGUCAUGAGCACUCCAAGUGUUGCGAUUAUUGUUGAAAUAAAAG